AUGGCCAAAAUAAUUAAUACACAUCAUACCUAUGGUGCUGUCCCAAAGGUUUCCAUCCAAGACAUGGAUGAAGAGAUCAACAGAAUGGAAAGUGGUGAAAGCAGACUUCUAAGUAAGCAUGAAGAGACUAAUGGUACUGUACACCCGGUGGAAAACAUAAGAUGCUACAGCAUAUUCUCAAGCAAGAACCGGGUACAUGCUGUUACUGCAGCCUUACACCGUGAACAACAUCUUCCCGGCACAGCCGCAGUCUGUAAUACCAAUAACAGCAACAAUAAGGAUGAGGAAGAAAAAAAGAAAAAGAAAAAAGAAAAAAAAGACAAAUCUGAUCAUAAAAAGGAAAAGAAAAAAGACAAGGAAAAAAAGAAAGACAAAGAAAAAGGAGCAAAAGGCAAAAAAGAAAUAAAAGAUGAUGGAAAAGACAAGGGAAAGGAGAAAGAAAAAGAGAAGGAAAAAGAAAAAACCGACAAGGACAAAGACAAGGACAAAGAUAAAGACAAGAAAGAGGAGAAAAAGAAAGAAAUCUACGUCAUUGAUCCAUCAAGCAACGCAUAUUAUAACUGGCUCUUUUGUAUUACGAUGCCUGUAAUGUACAACUGGACCAUGAUUAUAGCAAGGGCUUGUUUUGACGAACUCCAGCAAGACUAUCUUGAAACAUGGUUCUUUCUUGACUACAUAUCAGAUGUCAUCUAUAUUGCAGAUAUGUUUGUAAGAACAAGGACAGGCUAUUUGGAACAAGGCCUUCUGGUCAAAGAUGAAAAAAAACUACGGGACAAGUAUAAAAAAACUUUACAGUUUAAACUGGAUUUGGUGUCCAUUAUACCCACAGAUAUAUUUUAUUUUGUACUUGGACUAAAUUAUCCAGAACUCAGACUUAAUAAACUGCUGAGAGUUUCUCGUAUGUUUGAGUUUUUUCAGCGAACUGAAACAAGGACCAACUACCCUAACAUCUUCAGGAUUUCUAACCUCAUCAUGUACAUCGUGAUUAUCAUUCACUGGAAUGCUUGUGUCUACUAUUCCAUAUCUAAAGCAAUAGGAUUUGGAGAAGAUUCUUGGGUUUACCCUAAUACUUCACACCCUGAUUACGGCCGCUUGGCCAGGAAAUAUGUGUACAGUCUUUACUGGUCAACACUGACACUAACUACUAUUGGUGAAACGCCUCCUCCUGUGCUAGAUUCUGAGUUUUGGUUUGUUGUUGCUGAUUUCUUAGUAGGAGUGUUAAUUUUCGCUACCAUCGUCGGUAAUGUCGGUUCCAUGAUUUCAAACAUGAAUGCAGCCAGAGCAGAGUUCCAAGGUAGAAUUGAUGCCAUUAAACAGUACAUGCAUUUCCGUAAAGUCAGCAAAGACUUGGAAAAAAGAGUAAUUAAGUGGUUUGACUAUUUGUGGACAAAUAAGAAAGCUGUGGAUGAAAGAGAAGUGUUGAAGUACCUACCUGACAAGUUAAGAGCGGAAAUUGCUAUCAAUGUCCAUCUAGACACACUAAAGAAAGUCAGAAUCUUUGCUGAUUGUGAAGCUGGACUUCUGGUCGAACUUGUAUUAAAGCUACAGCCUCAAGUUUACAGCCCUGGAGACUACAUCUGUAGGAAAGGAGAUAUUGGACGAGAAAUGUAUAUCAUCAAAGAAGGUAAACUUGCUGUUGUGGCAGAUGAUGGAAUCACACAAUUUGUGGUUUUGAGCGAUGGCAGCUAUUUUGGAGAGAUCAGUAUUCUUAACAUCAAGGGCAGUAAAGCUGGAAAUAGAAGAACAGCAAAUAUUAAGAGUAUUGGAUAUUCUGAUCUGUUCUGUUUGUCUAAAGAUGACUUAAUGGAGGCUCUCACUGAAUAUCCUGAUGCUAAAGCCAUGCUUGAAGAAAAAGGAAGGCAGAUCCUCAUGAAAGACGGUCUCCUUGACUUAGAUAUUGCUAAUUCAGGUGCUGAUCCCAAAGACAUUGAAGAGAAAGUUGCUCACAUGGAAGGCUUAGUUGAAAACCUGCAAACAAAAUUUGCUAGACUGUUGGCUGAAUACGACUCGGCACAACAAAAACUUAAACAGCGGGUGACCAAAAUAGAGAACGUGUUAAAGCCUGAUCCUGAAGCUAGCGAGGUUCCAGAAAGAGAGGCAGAAGAAGAACCCCCUCCAAAAUAA